AUGAUGCAAGUAGCCAAAAGACCUGCUGAAGAUGACAACGUUUGUAAGUUCAUAAUCUAUAUAAAACUUAAUUUUCUAGCCAAAGGGUUUAUUUUUUGAAUAUUUUGGGUAACAUUUACGACAUGAUAAACUUUCAGAUGGGAAACGACAACGAUUGGAUGUUGUUUUACAGAACGAUGGAUCUUCAAAGCCGAGGACUUCUUCCUUGAUGGCACCGAUUAUGUUGUUAACUGGCCAUCAAGGAGAAAUCUUUGCCAGUAGAUUUUCUCCGAACGGAAAAUACCUCGCUUCAUCUGGAUUUGACCAAAAGAUUUGUAAGUUGUUUUCUUGUUGAGAAUUAUGUUUUUAGUGCUAUGGAAUGUGCAUGGAGAUUGUGAAAACUUUGCGACACUAAAAGGACACACUGGAGCUGUUUUGGAUCUUCAUUUCAGUACGGACUCAAAGUAAGUUCUAGUUUUUUAGGUAAAGGUUUUGUAAGUAUGAGUUGUGUUUUAGUUUUCAGUAUCAUAGAGAAUAUUAUAUAUUAUGAGUUAUUGACAAUCGGUUUUGCUUUCUUUUCUAAAAACACACUUUUUUCUUGUUUUAGCUUUGUGUUUUCCUGUGGUACCGAUAAGACGGUAAGAAUAUUUGAUAUGGAAGAUGGCAGAUGUGUGAGAAGGUUUAAGGGACAUUCAGAAAUUGUAAAUAGUUGUCAUCCAGCUCGGCGUGGUCCAACUAUAGUUGCUUCGGCGUCAGAUGACGGAACUGUUUUGGUGAGUUGUGUUUAGAGGUACUUUUACUGUUUUCAUCUUUUUUAUUGUUUGCAUUACUUGAUCUGUAUUUUUUAUUAUUUUAGAAGAUUUAAAUGUAAAAUGUUAGCAAAUAUUAUUUUAGAUAAACGACGAACGAUCCAAGCUACCUACUUUGAAGAUCAAAGCUUUAAACAAUUACCAAGUUACAUCAGUUACCUUUAACGACAACGCUCAGGAAAUCAUUUGUGGAGGCAUAGAUAACACAAUCAAACACUGGGACAUCAGAAGAGGUCUUUUGAACACAUUUGAAGGUCAUGAGGACACAAUAACUGGUCUCUCUCUCAGUCCUGAUGGGAAGUACGUUCUUUCCAACUCAAUGGACUGCACAGCCAGAAUCUGGGACAUUCAGCCAUUCACAACAGGAGAGAGAUGUGUCAGAUUACUUCAAGGACAUCAACACAACUUCGAGAAGAAUCUCCUGAAGGCAGCAUGGUCUCCAGACAGCAAGAGAGUGUCAGUCGGAUCUUCAGAUAGGUUUACUUAUGUUUAUGACGUGGCCAAGUCGACCAUCGAGUACAAACUGCCAGGCCAUCAAGGCUCGGUGAAUGCGGUCGACUUCCACCCAGAAGAGCUGAUUCUUUUGUCAGCUGGGAGCGACAAAAAGAUCUACAUGGGGGAACUAGAGCCCAGCAACUCUCCCAAAACGUUAUAA